AUUUCUUAAUUUCCAGUAAGAAGCAUGUUUAUUCAAACCCAGGACACACCAAACCCAAAUAGUUUGAAGUUUAUUCCAGGGAAGGAAGUGCUGGAGUCCAGGACUAUGGAGUUUUCCACGCCAGCGGCAGCGUUUUGCUCACCUUUAGCAAGGCAGUUAUUCAGAAUUGAAGGAGUUAAAAGUGUUUUCUUUGGACCAGACUUCAUUACCAUCACCAAGGAGAGUGAAGACCUGGAUUGGAAUUUACUGAAACCAGAUAUUUAUGCAACUAUAAUGGAUUUCUUUGCCUCUGGCUUACCCGUAGUCACUGACGAGGCCCCUAGGACAGACACAGCUGCAUCGGAAGAAGAUGACGAAGUCGUGCUGAUGAUUAAAGAAUUGCUGGAUACAAGAAUAAGGUAA